GCGUAAUCGGGAGCGUUGCGUUUUAGCCAGACUGACAGCCAAUUCAACGAAUAAAGCCCCCUAACGCCCCCCAUUAGGGUCAAUGUCAAAGGGGGUAAGAGAGAGAAAGAUAGAUAGAGAGAGAAAGAUAGUGUGACACUGGGAGGGGAAGGUGGGGCAGAGAGAUAAUGAAUAGGGGUAUGUUUUCGGAUUCACAACUGGAGUAAAUGUGCAUUUGGUGUGGAGGGUCUACCUUUAAUUGGAUUGCAGAAAGGCAGAGAGAGAGAGAGAGAGAGAGAGAGAGCCACAAGAAAUCUUGAGAAGAAGUUAUUAGUGCUCGUCGCUCAUAGCCGAUUCAAUAAAAGAGGAACGAAGGAAGAAGGGUUCUCUCUCUGAUUUGCAAAGCUGCGUCCUUUGUAAGAGAGUUUUUCAUUUCCCAUCAAGCAGGUGUUCUUCUGAUUGCAGAUUUGUUUUGUUUUCUGUAAUAUUGCAUUCAGUCUCUCCAAUCUGUGCUUCGUUUUUUUGGAGAGGGAUCUGGGAUUUUGUCUUCUCUUCUCACUGCUUUCUUGCUUGCCUCUUUUUAUUUUCAAAUCGAACUUCGAAUCUUUUUGUCUUGGCCUUGAAGUGUCUGUGUUUUCUUUCUAUCAGCUUCUCUGUUCGUUUUUUAUUCUUGAACUGUGGAAAAUGAGCCUUUGAAUUAGACUUCUCCAAUCGCCAGUCGAGUCAUACUCAACGAGCUUUCUUUGUCGUCAUCUGAAUUAAAUCUAGAAAAAAAGACGAGCCCGGGGAUUCUUUGGAGCAAAAUUGACUUUGGAUUUCUUCAAAUCGUAGUUCUUCCCAAUUCAAAACCUUGGGCUGCGUGCUUUGAAUGUUUGCAUAAACCUUGUCUCUGUCCUUUCCCUCCUCAAGCUUAGGGCUUUAUCUUUUCCAAAGCAAAGUCUUAUUCUUGGGGAAGCUUUUCCUGGCAAAGAUUACAGUUGCUUUUGGGGAUUUCAGGGGUUGGUUGGUAGAUGGGUUGAACCCAGCCAAACCAGCAAUUUGCUUUGAUUCACUGCAGGUUUUGCUCUAAUUGUAAGCACUUGUGAGGGAGAAAUUAAAAAGGAAAGCUUUAAUGCAUCUCUCUCUAUGGAAACCAUUGUCUCACUGUGCUGCUCUGAUCCUGGACAAGAAGAGCAGACGAAGAGACGGAUCUGAUGAAGAAGGAAAGGCCAAUCCCUCAAUUCUGAGGAAAUUGCAAGAGCAUAAGCUGAGGGAGGCUCUUGAGGAAGCAUCUGAAGAUGGCUCUCUUUUCAAGUCCCAAGAUAUGGAUUCCGAGGCCAUGGCUAAUCAAGAUGAGGGCUUGGGCAGAUCACGGUCGCUGGCGCGGCUGAAUGCUCAGAAAGAAUUCCUCCGGGCGACGGCUCUGGCUGCAGAGCGCACAUUUGAGUCCAGCGAUUCAAUACCUCAGCUUGAUGAGGCAUUCUCGAAGUUCCUCACAAUGUACCCAAAGUAUCAGUCUUCGGAGAGGAUUGAUCAGUUAAGAUCAGAUGAGUAUUCACAUUUGUCAGUGGCUCCUCCAAAGGUAUGCCUUGACUACUGUGGAUUUGGGCUGUUUUCAUUCCUGCAAACUGUUCACUAUUGGGAGUCAUCUACGUUUAGUUUGUCUGAAAUUACUGCCAAUUUGAGCAACCAUGCUUUGUAUGGGGGAGCUGAGAGGGGUACAGUGGAACAUGAUAUCAAGAUCCGAAUAAUGGAUUAUUUGAACAUCCCCGAGAAUGAAUACGGCCUUGUUUUUACUGUCAGCCGUGGUUCGGCCUUUAAACUGCUUGCAGAAUCGUACCCUUUCCACACGAAUAAAAGGCUGUUAACCAUGUUUGAUCAUGAGAGUCAAUCGGUGAAUUGGAUGGCUCAGAGUGCUAGAGGGAAAGGGGCUAAGGUUCAAAGUGCGUGGUUUAAAUGGCCUACGCUCAAGCUGUGUUCGACUGAUCUGAGGAAACAAAUUUCAAACAAGAAGAGGAGAAAGAAAGAUGCAGCUACCGGACUUUUUGUUUUCCCUGUUCAGUCUAGAGUGACGGGUGCAAAGUACUCGUAUCAGUGGAUGGCCCUGGCUCAACAGAACAACUGGCACGUCUUGCUUGAUGCUGGAGCAUUGGGUCCGAAGGACAUGGAUUCUCUUGGAUUGUCUCUAUUCCGGCCUGAUUUUAUCAUCACGUCGUUCUACAGGGUAUUUGGCUAUGACCCAACUGGAUUUGGAUGCCUUCUUAUAAAGAAAUCUGUUAUGGGAAGCCUUCAAAAUCGAACUGGUCAUGCAGGUUCUGGUAUCGUCAAAAUCACCCCUGUCUUUCCACUUUACUUAAGCGAUUCAAUGGACAACUUCCCCGGAUUUGGUGAAGUCGAGGAGGCAGGAGGGAAUGGCGAAGGGAAUUCUGAGACACGUCCUGGAUCUCAUCUCCCUGCAUUUUCAGGUGCAUACACUUCUGCUCAGGUAAGGGAUGUAUUCGAGAGCGAGAUGGAGCACGACAAUAGUUCUGACAGGGAUGGGACGAGCACUGUGUUUGAAGAAACCGAAAGCAUUUCUGUUGGAGAAGUGAUUAAAAGUCCAGUCUUCAGUGAGGAUGAAUCAUCCGACAAUUCCUUGUGGAUUGAUUUGGGCCACAGCCCGGCAGAUUCGGAUAAUGCUGGUCAUUCAAACAAACUCAAAGUCUCAUCUCCACUGCCGCCUGCUUGGUUUUCUGUCCGGAAGAACAACAAGAUGAUAUCUCCAAAAGCUACGAAAUUAUCAACCAGCCCAAUGUACGACAAGGAAUUGAACUCGGGGCACACUGAAGACCACCAGGUAUUAUCCUUCGAUGCUGCAGUUAGAUCAGUCUCUCAUGACUCGGAACAUGUCAAGGAGACAACCAAAGAAGGAAAUCUUACUCAGAGAAGCCAAGCCACUGCGGAAACCGAAACUCCAGAUAAUAAUUGCUUUUACGAAAUCGAAGAAGAGCCUGUAAUCAGCCAAUCAUUCAGCUCCAUUAGAGGGUCCAGUCAAGACAAUUCAGCUUCUAUCUCGAAUCAACAUAACGGGCAGAAUGGUUCGGCCUUGGAGAUUUGCCUGGAGAAGGAGAGCGCAAUAAGAAGAGAGACAGAAGGAGAGUUCAGGUUACUCGACAGACGGGAAAGAAGUAGAAUCGCUGGCGGAAGAUUUUUCGGAAUAGAGGAGGCCGAUCAGUCGGGAAGCAAGGGAAGGAGGGUAUCCUUUAGCACAGAAGACAACCGUGGAGCGCAUAUUACUCAAAGUCAGGAGCCUGUAGAACUAUCUGCGACUAGUUUGGACGAUGAAGAUUAUGCGAGCAAUGACUAUGGCGAUGGGCAAGAUUCAGAGAGGGGCGAUCCGGAGAUAAUCUGCAGACAUCUUGAUCACAUAAACAUGCUGGGCCUGAACAAGACCACUUCUCGACUUCGAUUCUUGAUUAACUGGCUUGUUACAUCUUUACUGCAGUUAAGACUGCCUGGUUUUGGUGAAAAGGACGGUGCGCCAUUGGUUCAAAUAUAUGGCCCGAAAAUUAAGUACGAAAGAGGUGCUGCUGUUGCCUUCAAUGUGAGGGGUACGGAUAAGGGUAUGAUUAGUCCGGAAGUUGUUCAAAAACUGGCUGAGUCACAUGGUAUUUCUUUAGGGGUUGGUAUACUGAGUCACAUUCGGAUCCUCAAUAACCCCAAACAGCAACGGGGAGGGUCUUCGAAUCUCAAUGAUACUUCCCUUUGCAAGCCAAUGGAAGGCGGCCGACAUGAUGGUAAAAAUGGCUUCAUCAGAGUUGAGGUUGUCACUGCGUCGCUUGGCUUUCUGACCAAUUUCGAAGAUGUCUACAAGCUGUGGGAAUUUGUGGCUAAAUUUCUCGACCCGGAUUUUGUGAAAGAGGGAGUGCUUCCACCUGUUGCUGAAGAAGUUGAGGAAUGAACAACUGGAGCUCGGCCAAAUGCUUAUGCGCAGCCGUCCUAAAACCAACGCCAAGCAGAAGAUGCAGAGUUGGGGCAGACCCGAAGAAGAAAUCGAUGGAAAGGUUUUGUUGGAUGGAUUCUUUUGCCCCUACUGCAUCUUUUGCUGUUCUAAUUUGUGAAUUCUUGUUUUCGAUUGUUUGAAUUUUUGUGGGGUUUCCUGUAGAGCUUAGCUGGUUUUAAACAUUUGUAUCAUUUCAGAAUUCAGAUAGUUGUGAGGUAAGGAAAGAACGGAACAUAGCAUGCCUUGUUUGCAACGACCUGUGGAUCAAAAUGCUAUCUGCUGUGUACAAAUUCAAGUUAUGAUGUACUAUUUGGUUUCUCGACUACACUACAUUGUACUGUACAUUUAUCAUCUUGUUUGUGAGUCCUGUACGAGCUUGUGGCUAUUAAUUUUAGGACAUGUCAUUAAACAUAAUUUCUGCUUUA